AUGCGUCGCGACUCUGUAAUGAUGAGAUUUUACAAGGAACUCCCAACCAUCAUUUGUAUCUCUACGCUAUUCGGCUGCUGUUUGUUCACAUUUUUCCAUCUUACCGCAUACAUUAUCUCCCCCCCGGAGAAUCCUGUGGUAAAGGAAUUUACUCAUCGUCUCAAGACGGAAGGACCUACGAGCGCGCAACAGUUCCUGGUUAGAGCCGGUUCCCCAAACUCUCCUAUCUACUAUGACGUCCUCGACAUACCGUGGUUCUCGCCGGUUGAAACCGUGAAAAAAGCAUAUCGCGAGAAGUUAAUGAUAUACCAUCCCGAUAAGUUUGGGGGCGACGCAGAAGAAGCGAACAUGAAAAUACACCAAGCAAGAGAAGCCUACCAAGCCCUCACAAGUAAGGAGCGCUGCAUGUACGACUAUAAACUUGGGUCGGGUAUACGCCAUUUUGCCGACUGCAACCAAGCAUGGCUCGACAGGGAAGCCGAGAUGUUCAACGAAAAGCGGAAAGAAGCGAAAGAAGCGAAAAAGAGAAGAGGGGGACAUAAGACAAUCCAGGCGGCGAGACAAGAAAAUCCACAGGAGCAAGAGAGUGUCCAGAUGCAAGAAAAUGACCAGAGGCAAGAAACAGCAACCAGCGAAAAGCCCGUCGCAACUGGAACAAACAAAGUCGCAGGACCUAUUGCUACACGUGGCAAGAAGUUUUUUCAGAAGGUCAAAGACAUCGGCAUAGCUGCUAGAGCCGCUUGUUUUUUUGUCGCGGGGUGGAUUGUUGUAUAUUUUGGAAGGGGACCUCCUAUCAGAUUCCGCUAGUUUUAGUAGUCUUCGACUACCUGACGAUAGUGUAAGAUAGCUUUGCGACCUUAUUGAAGUAUGGCAUUCCAGCGGUGGUGUGGUGGACGGAUUGCCAGUUUGUUGUCGUC